AUGUUCGUGUCUAGGCUGCUCUGGUAUGUGGUCUGGUCCCAGGAAACUUACAAGCAGAAUGAGACGGCGCCUGUCGCAUCGAUCACUGUGGCUGUCCGCGCUGGUCCGCGCUUUGAGUCGCAGGCUGGUGUUGCCCAUGCUCUGAAGAACUUUGCCUUCAAGUCGACCAAAGAGCGCUCGGCUCUGCGCAUUGUUCGUGAGGCUGAGCUGAACGGUGGUGUUCUCUCGGCCUCGCUGAACCGCGAACACCUUCUUCUUACGGCUGAAUUCCUGAAGGGCGAUGAGAAACACUUUGCCGAUCUCCUGGCUGAGGUUGUUGGCAAUGCCAAGUACUGCCGCCACGAAUUCAACGAGGAUGUGAUUCCCUCGAUUGUGGCCGACUGUGAGCAGGCUGCUCAGGAUCCGGUGGCUACUGGCAUUGACACACUCUUUUCCUACGCCUACCGCAACCGUGGUGUGGGUAGCUCGCUGUUUGCUAGCCCCUCGUCGCCUGUUACCGUGGAGCAGGUGCGCUCGUACGCCGCACAGGUCAUGAACAGCAACAACCUGGCUGUGGUCAGCUCUGGUCUGUCACAGGAUGUUCUUGGCUCGCUGGUGUCCAAGAGCUUUGCUGGUGUUCCAGCUGGUUCGGCUGCCGAGGCCGUGCCUUCGAAGUACUUUGGCGGUGAUUACCGUGGCGCUAUUACUGACUCGCACGGCCACGCCCUGCCUGUGGAUCACUUCUUCCUCGCUUUCGAGGGUGCUCCGCUUCUGAAGGCUGCGCCUCUGUUUGUCCUCGAGUCACUGCUUGGUGGCGAGGCUUCUGUGAAGUGGUCGACCGGUCUUAGCCCUCUGGCUCAGAUCAACGGUGCCAAGGCCCACGCGUUCAACGCUUCGCUCCAGGACACUGGCCUGUUCGGUAUUCAUGUGAGUGCUCCUUCGGCCAAGAUCGCCGAGGCGGCCAAGGCUGCUGCCCAGGAGCUUACCAAGGUGGCCAACGGUGUCUCGUCGGAGGAUAUCACCAAGGCCGUCGCCAAGGCCAAGUUUGUUGCUGCCCAGAACUACGAGGGCUCGCGUGUUUCGAGCCAUGAAUCGGUGGCUGCGGGUCUUCUGAACGGCUCUGAGACGUCGCUCUCGGCUGUGCUGUCGCACCUGGAUGCUGUGAAGGCUGAUGAUGUCGCCUCUGCGGCGCAGGCCCUUCUGAAGAGCAAGCCUACUUCGGUGGCCCUCGGUGACGUGAAGCAGCUCCCCUACGCGGACGAGCUCCUGUAA